UAUUUAACUUCGUUAGAGCACGCCCUCUUCCCAUGUUGUAAAAACAAAACAUACAAAAUGCACACAGCCGAUAUGACGAGUGGUGUAAUGUCGUAAGAUUGAAACUUCAGUAGAAACAAAAGAAAUACGUUUCUGUUUAGGCUAGAUAUGGCAGACAGUUUGCAGUCGAUUCUGAGUGAUGUUGCGUUUGGUAUGAAAGAUGCAGUCAUUGGAGCAUCUAUAAUAUUCACUGUUGACAAGGAAAUUGCUGCCAAGCAGGAGCAAAGAAGAAAGGAAUUUGAAGAACUACAAUUAAAAAAGAGAAGAUCUCCUCUAAAAAGGAAGAAAGAAGAAGAGCCAAGGAUUCUUCAACGUGUGCUGCAAUGCUGUGCUUUGAAUGGUGGAGUGUUCUGGCUAAGCAUCGUUGUGUUCAAUUCAAUCUUAAUACCCUCUUUACACUCCUUGACUCAUCUUCUUCUUGGUGAUAGUUCAUCACAGAGUCUUGUUUGGUCUUGGAUGAAGCCUGCCCUCUCUUAUACAUUUAGUGUAUUAUGGGUAAUUCCUGUAUUUCUUCUCAGUAAGAUUGUCAGUAGCUUUUGGUUUCAGGACAUUGCAGAUACAGCAUAUAAGAAAUCAAAAGGGCGCCCUCGGCUACCAAACUUAAGCCGACUCGUUGCGGACAUCAUGAUAAGUGUUCUCAUCCAAAUGCUGUUCUUGAUGCAGAGCCUGUUGGUUAGCCUGAUACCUUUGACAGGUGUUGGCCAGUGUCUCAAGUUGCUACACCUAUGUAUUCUAAAUUCUCUCUAUGCAUUUGAAUACAUGUGGUUCAAUCAAGGUUGGGAAGCCCAUAAGCGGUUGUCGUUUAUAGAAUCGAAUUGGCCAUACUUUGUAGGAUUUGGUCUUCCACUAGCAAUCAUAACAUCGCUACCUUCAUCCUACUUUGUAAGUGGAUGUCUGUUCUCAAUCUUGUUUCCUCUCUUCAUCAUCAGUGGCAAUGAAGCUCAUAUACCAAAGCAGCCAUGUUCCUAUCCUCUACAUAUCUUUUCCGUUGUGAUCACCUUAGUCAACAGAAUUAUGACAAAGAGCGUCAAUGCCACAUCCAAGCAAAGAUAAUCCUAGAUGUUGCUGUUGUGAAUUAUUGUUAACAUCUCAUCAAAGCAAAGAAAACAACAGUUUAUCAUUGAGAUAGCUGUUGUAAAUUAUUGUUAACAUCUCAUCAAAACAAAGAUAACCACAGUUUAUCAUAGAGGGAGCUGUUGUGAAUUUAGUUCAAUAACUAAAGGAAAGAUGUAACUACUGUUGUUUAUGAUAAAACAGUUUAUAGAGGGAGCCAUUCAAUGCAUCAUAGUAAAGAAUUCAAUAAUUUGAUAUCCUAUUUAAUGGACUGUGUUAAAAAGAAAUUAGAAACCACCUGUUGAUAAGUUAAUACAUGAUCAGUAAGUAACCACUUAAAUCACUCAAAUAAAAUAUUGCAAUUUUAACUUUGGUUAAUAAUUAAAAAAUAAUAUACUGUCCGUAUUAUUAGAAUGUGAUGUGCUCUUAACUUGUAUGCAAUGGGGCAAUGCUUUGACUAAACUGUAAUUUGUAUUAGCAGACUGGAUAUAAUUAUUUACUCAUGAAAUUUCAUUGAUGCUGUUGUAAUGAUUAAUAUUUAACUUUUUUUUGGAACAUAAUAUAUAUUAUAUAGUAGUAACUUUAAUUGGUACAUUUUUAAUAUGUGUACCCUCGAAGAACAGCUUGAUAAAAAGUAACUAGUGACAGUCUGGCUAUGAUUUUCAAAUAGAUAUUUGCUAUGUUGCAGUCCAAUUAUUGGCUUUUUUUUUUUCAAAACCAUCUUGGAGGAAGCUACAGUAUUAUGGUCAUGAUAAUUUAGUGGACAAUGAUUAGAGUAUAGAAAAAGAAAAUAUUCCAUUCAGACAAGUGGAAACUAAUGAUACUUGAAUACAUGAUGUAUUAUUUUAACCAGACAUUUCCAGGCAACAAGCAUGUGUAACACUAACAAUUUUAAUGUGCACAUUAGUGAAAACACAUUUUCUAUAUAAUGAUUUUACUUCUAAACACUCAGUGAGGUCUUAGAUAAAGUUAGACUUGUAUAACAAUGGUCAUACUAUACAUGCAGGACCAGUACAACUAACAGUGCGGUAAAGAUGGUUAUAAUCAACUUAUAGCAAUCGUUCCUAGGUUGGUGUGGUUAUGUUUCAACUAUUUUAAAUAGUAACUCCAUGUGUUUUCAUUCUUUGUGUCUGUCUUGCUUCUUUCCACUUAGGAGAUACUCUUGGAUACCUGGUAGUAUAGUGAAGUAUGUACACAGGCCUUGCAGUACAACUGAUGAUUUUAGUAAACAGUAAACUUAUUGAGUUACCUGUCUCCUUUAGCUAUGGGUGCUAAUAAUUUAGAUUUAGAUAUAGAACAAACAUUAAAUUGAUAUCCUGAAGUUGGGAUGGAUGUUUUUAGUUUUGAUUUUGUAUGGUGAACACUUGUUUUACCAGCCAAUACCAGACUAUCAUUUAUGAGGUGCAUUAAAUUUGUAUUCAUUGGUCAA